AUUUGAACAAAUAUACAAAAAGUGGUCGGAAGCACGUUAAUAGGUCCAAUGUAUACGAUUGAUUGGGACUUAACGAGAAUAUCUCUAUCUGGUCGCCUUCAAGAGCUUUCGUUGUCGUCGAUCUGACUUCUCCGAUUCGGUGGCAAUUUAAUCGGAGAAUUCACCGUUUCCCACCGCCGCGUCAAAUUCCAAAAUCAUCCACGAUCUUAUCUCUCCUCUUCCUGCUAAUCACAAAACAAAUCGCACAUUGAUCAAAGAGACGUUUGGGAAAUCUGAUCAAAGAUGGUGGAGAGAACGAUGAGUUUGGGGGUGGGAGGUAAUAAUGGAGAAUUCUCAGGGGUAAGAGAAACGAUGUGGGCACAACAAGAGCUUCUUCAAAAGAUCAACCAAGAGCUUGACGCUGAACGUGAAGCUUCUUCAUCUGCUGCGAGCGAGGCUUUAUCGAUGAUUCUACGGCUUCAGGGUGAGAAAGCAGCGUUGGAGAUGGAGGCUAGUCAGUACAAGAGGAUGGCGGAGGAGAAGAUGUGUCAUGCCGAGACCUCUCUUGCGUUUUUCGAAGAUCUUAUUUAUCAGAAGGAAAUGGAGAUCGCGUCUCUUGGGUUCCAGGUUCAGGCCUAUAGGUGUAAACUACUUAGCCUUGGUUGCUCUGAUCCGGCUGUGAUUGAGAACAAGUUCCCCGAAAAUCUCAUCUUUUUCGGCGAAACUUAUCGUGGGAAUCAAAAGAGGACGAUGAAGAGAAAUCUAUCGAGCCCAUUUGAUGGCAUAUCUAGUGAAAGAAGCUUACUUUUGUCUGAUGUUAGUGGUGAAAGUUUUGAAGAGAAGAAAGGUCUUGUUGAGAGUUCUCUGUCUCCUCGUGAAGACUUGAAUACUUAUUGGGAACAGAUCAGGAGAAUAGAUGAGCAUGUUAGAGAGAUUUCAGAUUCAAGAGAGGUUCAGAAGGAAUCUAGAUUCCCUUUGCUUAGGCGUGAGUCUUUGUCACAUGCGUUGGUGUCACAGGUUAGCAAUACUAUCCUUGAGUCAGCUAAGAGUGAUGUCAGUACGAUCAUGGAGAUAAUGAAAAACCCUGAAAGAUACUCUGUUAAAGACACUUCUUUAGAGACACCGAUCCUGUCUCCGAAAAAUGUUCAAGACAUCUUUGAGGUUCCUAGGACGAAGGAAAGCCUUACAAUCAUCUCGGAAGAAGAGGAAGACGAAGAAAGAAAUAAAGAAUCACAGGUUAGAGGCAAGAUGGUGAGUAGUAGUUACGAAAGAAAAGUGAGUAAGCCGCCUAGAGAUACCAGUAUCAAGGGAGAACAGUUGGGUUUGCUUAAGGAGAUUCGAGAACAGCUUAAUGUAAUGCAGUCAGAGAUAAGAAGCUUAAGAUCAGAACUCCAUCAAUCUAAACCUGUGUGUCAAGCUGAAGAGGAUCGAGCCCUUCACUCAAUUCAAGAGGCAAUGCUUCACUUCUGGCUUUAGAAGCUACCAUGCGGUGUGGAACUAGUUAUGUAAAUUUACUUAACCUUUCAAGAAGAUUGAAGGGAUGUAAAAAAAAAUAUUGAUUGAUUUCAGAGUAACACUCUGGUAUUUGUAUGUAACUCCAUUGGCAUUGUGAAAAACAAAAACUGAAAAUCUCUCCCUGA